UAACUCCGGUCUGCUCUGCAGUAGUGGAUAUGAGGAGGGCUGCAAGCACACCUCGCAUCUGUCUGGGACUCUGAACGCUGUCGGUAAUUUGAUCUGAACUUAUUGAGAAGAUGGACAACAAGGAGGAAUCCACCAGCAGCUCUGUCAGCGUCCUCACCUGGGAGCAGGUGACCCGGCUGAAUGAAGUCCUGACCGAGGUCGUGCCUGUCCAUGGACGGGGAAACUUCCCCACCUUGGAGGUGCAGCUGAACGACAUCGUGGCCCGAGUGCGGCACCGCCUGGAGCAGAGCAACAUCGUGGUGAAGGACGUCCGUCUCAACGGUUCCACCGCCAGCCACGUGCUGGUGCAGGACAUCGGCUGGAGCUACAAGGACCUGGACGUCAUCUUCAGGGUGGACCUGCCCAGCGAGAAGGAGUUCAGGCUCAUUAAGGAUGUGGUGCUGGGCAUCCUGCUGGACUUCCUACCCGAGGGUGUGAACAAGGAGAAAAUUACACCCAUGACUCUCAAAGAGGCGUACGUCCAGAAGCUGGUCAAGGUCAACACGGAGCAGGACCGCUGGAGUCUCAUCUCCCUUUCAAACAACAACGGCCGCAACGUGGAGCUGAAGUUCGUGGACUCGAUACGUCGACAGUUUGAGUUCAGCGUGGACUCCUUUCAGAUCGAGCUGGACUCCAUGCUGUCUCACUACCGGCAGCCACAGCUGCCCAUGACGCAGAGCUCUCACCCGACGGUCACGGGGGAGAGCGUCUACGGGGACUUCAACACUGCACUGAGCCACCUGCGGCAAAAGCUGAUCGCCACCAAGCGGCCCGAGGAGAUCCGCGGCGGCGGCCUCCUCAAGUACUGCAACCUGCUGGUGCGGGACUUCCGCCCCGCCAGCGAGGAGGAGUUCAAGGCCCUGGAGAGGUACAUGUGUUCGCGCUUCUUCAUUGACUUUCCUGACAUCGGAGAGCAACAGCGCAAGGUGCAGGCGUAUCUCCAGAGCCACUUUAUCGGCGAGGAGAAGAGCAAGUACGAUUACCUCCAGAUCCUGCGCAAAGUGGUCAACGAGAGCACGGUGUGCCUCAUGGGCCACGAGCGGCGGCAGACCCUCCACCUGCUCUCGCUGAUGGCCCUGAGGGUCCUGGCGGAGCAGAGCGCCAUCCCCGACGCCUCCUGCGUCACCUGCUACUACCAGCCGGCCCCGUACGUCAGGGACCACAACUUCAGCAACUACUAUGUGGCCAACCAGAACAUUCCAACAUGGCUGCCAUGUAACUGACACACGGAGUAGGAGCAUAACGGGAGGAUGUGACAGCUGCUGCUUUUGAGAAGAGAGAAGGAGGAAAAAAAAUAAGAAAAUUAAGGGGGGGUAUGGAAACACCCCCAAAAAAAUAUAACACGGUGGCAAUAAAUGCUCUUUCCCUCUCAAGGCACAAUUAUAGUGGACAAGUGUUUUUGCUUUUCUUUUUCUUUUUUUUUUUUCCCCUCCCUUUCUCAUUCCUUAUCUAGAGGUGUUGAUGUCAUUUUGAAUAGAAAGCAAUAUUUUUAAGUGUUUAUUUAGAAUUUAUUCUCCUUUGUUUCCCAGUUUAUCAGCCUUAUUCUUAAUGGAGUUUUGUGCCUUAACCUCCAGGAUUAACCCUCCAACACUUGACUAUGGAAUAUUAUUUGAAGAAAAGGAAGAAAUCAUGUAGCUGAAAUUCAGAUUUCUUCAUGUAUUUAAAAAAAAAAGAAGAAAAAAGAAAAUUUACAGGGGGGGGAAAAAAAAUUACAAAAUGUCCGGGUAUGGUUAUAGGUGACGGUCAAAAAGAAAAAAAAAAUCUGGUUACCUGUGGUUGCUUAUGGGGGAGGUAUGAAAGGCCGUUUACUAGGGUUUUGUGACAUCAGAAGUCAAUUUCUUUAGUGAAAUGUUGACAUGUAAAUAUCUCCUGACUUUUGUGCCAUCCCUAAUGUACCAGCAGUUUAUUUGAAAACAAUGCAAGAGUACAUUAUUUUCCACUGUGAAUUUUGGUGUAUAUUGAGCUCUCCUCCCCUUUGAUCCAGUCUGCUCAGCCCUGCACGUUUCAGUCGAGACUGGCCCCCGGGCGGAAAUCUGUCGUCAGUUUAGGCUUCAGAAAUGCUCACCAUAUGUGUGUUUUUUGGGGCAGUUGCCUCCAAACGAGGUCACCAGUGACCUCCAGAUGUCACAGUCCCGUGGUUAUUGUGGGAGGCGGACUGACAGGACGGAGGGAACGCGGGUCUGUUGAGGGAAUGUGCGUGGCAGAGUGUCUUAGGGGUGACGGGCUGACUGGCUGCCUCUUCCCUUAAAAGGAGCAGCACAUGGACGGCCGGCCGGCAGGGUUGUCCCUCACAGCCAUUGCAGGCUCGACGGCAGCCCUGAAAUGGGAUCCUCCUCUGACGCAGCCCAGUGAGCAGCUCUCGAUCCGGAGGCUGUCUAUAAUUAUCCCCCCGGGUAGGGGGGAUACCUUUUUUGAGUAGGGGACUGGGUGAGACCUGCAGCGGCAGCCAUGCCACCUUACAUGUGUGGGAACUGAGUCACUUCCUCUCCUCUAUCAGGUGUCUUGUUAAGACUGCGCAGCGUUUGAACCCCUUUUGUGGUCAUGGUAGGACUGACGACACGUCUCUCCUUUCAGACUUGAUUUUGAUUAACGUGGAAGCUCAGGCAGCCCCCCCCAGAACCAGCUGUGACCGGCCGGGCUGCCUCUGCAAACCCAUACAUUUCUAUUUAUAGUGAGGCCUAUUACCAACUAUAAAUGUUGAACAUUUGCAGCAUGCCAUUGCAAGUGUAUGGCUUAAGCUGCGUCUUCCUCGGCCCGUUAUCUCUCCUCCUCCUUUCCUGACUUUGGUGUAUUGUUGGGAGAGAUAAUUUGCUCUUAACCUUUAAAUUAGCAGCCACUCCCUUCGCCCCUCAGUUACACAGAAGUCCAACUCUUGUCCCCUGCGAUGCUGCUGCUCAUCUCACUGUUGGACCCAGAUAACCAGGAGCUCGUCUUAUCUGGUUGACAGGCUGGCGCUGGGUAGAGUUCAGGAAGUGCUGGAGUCGUGUGGAGGUCAGGGCAUGUUGUAGGCUCAUGGGCUGAACUCUUGCAUUCAGAACGCCUUAAUCUCUCCUCUCUCUCUCUAAGAACCAGCUGGUGAGGUGCCGCACACUCGGAUCUGGACCAAAGGCAGCUUUACAACCAGCAUCUGAAACAUUUAAGUGCCUGUCACAUUUCUGGGGAGUUUAUCUUUUUAAAUGGGUUUUUAUUGUAAAGGAGGGGUGAGGUUUAGCCAUUUAUUUAUUUUUUCAGCCUCUUAAAACCCUGUGAAACUUUAUUGGUGCAAGAUUGUUUUUCUUUUUUGAUGGUUAACUCAUACAUGUGUGUAGUUGGGGGAGUACAGAUAGUUGGCAUCUCUUAUUACUCACUUUUUCCUAUUUGUGUCCCAAACGUUCCUUUUUUAAAACCCAUCUGUUUAGUCAUUCCUGUCAAAUCCUGUCAUACUAUUUUUACCACCCCCCCCCCCUCUUUUUCGUUACGUUCCCACUGCUGGCUGUGUCAGUUAGUCUCAUAUCAAAUCCAGCUUUUGAUUAAUGUGAUUUGCAGAGCAGACUUAAUCUGAUCGUCGUCCUCACAUUAGGAGCCUUUCCGCCGCAGAUUAAUUUGUUUCUUUGAACAUCCUGUGCUCAUCAGAACUGAAGCGAUGCCUGUUUUGGGUCUUACUGUCAUUGAAGUUGACACGGCGCUAUCCGAUGCACUUUAAAGAGGCCCGAUUCACUCCCGACCCGACCACCAGAGUGGAUGCUGAAUAAGCUAGAGUGAUCUCUUGCUGAGAGUUGAGCUGGUUCUCAGGGGCAAAAAAUGUGUUUAAGGUCGGUUCAGUCCCUUUUUAUUUCUGUUCUUUUUAGGGUUUGGAAGAGUGAAUUGGGUUAAUCUGCCUAUGACACUGAGACUUUUUCAUUUCUGUGCCUUUUUCCUGUGUAGUAAAUGCCGCCCUGACUCUCCCUCUCGUCACCCUGACUGCAGGCUCCAAAUUAGAUGAAGGUGUUGGUAGGCAGCACAGACAGCAGCAGGGUUUUAUCUGUCCGCUGGCUCUGAGACCCGUCAUUACCGCGGAUGAUCCCAGUCUCAAGUGCAAACAGCUGCAUCCAUCGCUGAACUUCCUCACCGAGAGCAGAUCUGUACUCUGGUUAGAAGUCAGGAAACAAACCUCCUCGUCAGUGAGCGGCAGCCCACAGUUCUGCCUCGCUCUCAUGCUCUCAGAGUCGGAUCUUCUAGGCCUCGCUCUCUAACAGUAGUUGCCAACGAUGUUAAAGAAAAUGCAACAGUUUAAGUUGUUCGUUUUUCAGUUCAGCUUGGAAUGUAAAUCUCGUGCUUUUCUUUUUUGCGUCCCCACUCGCGCUGUCAUACGUUUUUACAGUUUUUGUUGUUUGUGACGACUAAAAUGUCAAGGGAUAAGAGUUGGGUCUGCUAGAGCCCACGCUAAAUGGCUGGCUUUGUCGGGGUUGAUGCGCGUAUGUGGAUGCAUCAAAUCAUGAAGGAAAGUGUAGGGGAGAAUCAAGAGAAUGAAGUGUAGUUUGCCUUUUGAUUUCCUUUUUUUUUUUUUUUUUUUUUUGUUUUGUUUCUGGCUCCAUCUUUCUGCUGUAAACCUGUCAGUGUUGGUCUCUCGCUCCCGUCUUCAUUAGUAGUGUUUUUCUUUCUUUGACACCUGUAAAUGUAUACUUUGUUCAUUGAGGGGGGGUGCAGAGAAAUGUAUAAUGUGUGGUCGUGCUUGUCUGAAGUACAAGUCUUACACCAUGGCAAUGUGAUGGAAGUCGUCUGGAAGCUCUCCGACAGUUUCCAUACGAGGAGUUGCUAAGUUAAGAAGUUUUUUUUCUUUUGCAGCAGAUUUGUGUUUACGUUAAUGCGCGUGUGUGUGUGUGUGUGUGUGUGUGUGUGUGUGUGUGUGUGCGCCCAUUUGCUUGUGUGUAUGAAGGGAUGCCUGUGGUUACAAGUUGAAGAAAAAAAAAACGGGGGGGAAAAAUAUGAAAUUUGUCGCACUUUUUUUUUUUUUUCUUUCUUUUCUUUGGAAAUGGUAAAUGCAAAUGAACUUUUUUUGUCUGCUUUGUGACGAUGACUUUGGUUAUCAUACUAUUUCAUUUUUCAGCACUUUUACCUCACAUGAGUUUUUUUCCUUUUGAAUGGAAAUAGACAUCAGGAAAGUGUUCAACAAAAAAAAAAAAGAGGAAAUGAAUAAAGAUUGUAAAAUGCA